AUGGUGACUGGAACCAUCACGACAGGAGAUGGCGUUGGCUUGGUCUUCCAUCAGGAAGUGCCAGAACACGGCAAGUACAUACUCUUCAUCGCCGGCUGGCGACAGAAUGCCGCCCAAUGGAAGAAGCAGGUCAAUUACCUCUCUGCAGCCGGCUUCAGAGUCACGACCUAUGAUAUGCGCGGGCAUGGUGAAUCCGCAAAACCCAAUCCUGGUUAUCGCAUCAGCCGGUUUGCAUCGAAUCUGAACGACGUUCUCACUCAACUCGAGCUUGAAGACCUCACUAUUGUUGCACACUCAAUGGGCUGUUGCAUUACGUGGGCAUUCUGGGAUCAGUACCCGAGCUCUCACCCCACCUGGUCCGAAGAUCAGAUCAAGCAAAUGGGCGCCAUCUUCACCCCAGAUGCGGUAUAUCACACUGCUCACGAUAUGACAGCGCAAACACCUCUUCUUGUUAAGAGCAUGCUCACCAGCUCUGUCUCGGAAUAUGACUACUCCUGGACUCUGGAACAAAACCUGAAGAUGAGUCACAAAAACGCCGCCACUCUUCUUGUUGAUCAUUCUUUCAGAGAUUGGCGUGAUGUUCUUCCGUCGAUCAACGUUCAUACUUUGGUUAUUGCGGGAGAAGUUAGCAUUUUCCUUCACACUGGAGUGGAAUGGGUGGCAACUCAGAUUCCUAAUGCAAAACAGUAUACUUUCUCGGCUGAGGAGAAGGGAAGCCACUUUAUGUUUUGGGAGAAUCCUGAUAGUCAUAUCGUGCUUAUAGCCAAAGUCAUGGUCUUCACGUUUUGUUUCUUCUUCAUCUUCCGCUUCUUCUCGCCAAUCAAGAUUUCUCAAAGUAUUCUUGACUUUGUUGAUUUGACGCCAAGUACUACCUCGGGCUCUAAGCUCGCCGAGGAAAUGAGUAUGACAUUCUUCGGCUGUAGCUCCUGGCAGAAACAAGAACUCGUAUCGAAUAUGGCCGCCUAUACCACAGUCUUCACCAUCUUCUAG